AUGUAGUGUGCACUUUCUGGCCCCCGUCGCGGGAGCCGCUUCGGGCCUUCUGGGCAUGUCUGCCGUAUGGCUCCAGGUUUGUUUUUCUCCCCGGCAGUCUGAGGGGGAGGGCUCCCGGCAUCUCCUGGCGUCCGGGUAGAGGACGCGGAGGGUCGCAGCUUCAUUGCCUGAUGUCUUAGGGAAGUAUUUUGAAGUCAUCGUGGCUGUGGAUUGAGGAAUUUCUUGUUUCCACUGACCUGUGAGGCCGCGCGCGCGGAGGGAGGCACCCCAGGCCCUCCGGCACUGUCCAGCCUCGCCUGUGUCCCCAGUAGCACCAGUGGGCAUUUUCAGAGGGUCCAGCUCGUGGCUCAAGUGACAGGAAGAUGUAGGAGCUUUCUGUCUUGGAUGAGGAUUCGAACUGAAGGGCUUAGGCCCAGCUGUCUUGGAGCAAAGCAGCUGUUGUGGGAUGCUGAGCUGCUGGCGCACUGCAGCACAACUAGAGAUGUACGGAUGCCCCCAUCUUGAUCUUACAGAAACAGAGGUACAGCCGUGAGAAAGAGUCAAGAACAGACAGAGUCGCUUGAGGACUCAGGAGGGUGUUUGCUGCGUUGACAACAGACUACACCCUCACAGUUUGCUCUGCUCUUCCAACACCAGUGGAAGAUGAUCACAUCCCAGAGUUUCACUCUUUUUGCCCAGGCUGCAGUACAGUGGUGUGAUCUUGGCUCACUGCACCCUCCGCCUCCCAGGUUCAAGUGAUUCUCCUGUCUCAGCCUCCCGAGUAGCUGGGAUUACAGGCGCCUGCCACCAUGUCUGGCUAAUUUUUGUAUUUUUAGUAGAGACAGGGUUUCACCAUGUUAGCCAUGCUGGUCUUGAACUCCUGACCUUGUGAUCCUCCUGCCUUGGCCUACCAAAGUGCUGGGAUUACAGGCAUGAGCCACCGCACCUGGCCCAUUUUGUUUUCUAGUAGUGUUCAGAGAGUAUUUGUUUUGUUUUCAUAGUUAGGCAAAUAUUAACAUUUAAUUUUGGAAUGCUCUUUUUUUAGUCUGUGAUUUUUUUUUUUUUUUUUUUUUUUGAGAUGGAGUCUCACUCUGUCACCCAGGCUGGAGUGUGGUGGCACAGUCUUGGCUCACUGCAAUCUCUGCCUCCUGGGUGCAAGCGAUUCUCCUCCCUCAGCCUCCCAAGUAGCUGGGAUUACAGGCGUCCACAGUCAGGCAUGGCUAUUCUUUGUCUUUUUAGUAAAGAUGGGGUUUUACCAUGUUGGCCAGGCUGGUUUUGAACUCCAAACCUUAGGUCUCUUCCAAGCUUCAGAAUCAUCUCUGUAGCCUUCCACUGGAUAUGCUCACUUCCAUGACAUGAAGACAUUCCAAGAGUAGCAUGGCCUGCAUGUGUCUUACUGUCACUCUGCACUCUCCCCUCCCCCAACACCCACCCUCCUGGUUCUAAUUUUCAGACCUUCUAAGGCCUCUAUGCAGGCCCUCUGGAAGUAGCCCUUCCUCUCUUCCUCUGCUUAGUGAAUUCCCUCUUCCACAUCUCCACUGCUGCCCCUUGGUAUAGACAAUCUACCUCUAAUGCUGCUCUCCAGCAGUCUCAACUCUACUUUGGUGGCAUUGCUUCCUCAGUGAAAACUGAAUUAUGUUACAGAGAUUCAGGGAUCAGUGUCGUUUAGGGAUGUGACUGUGGGCUUCACUCAAGAGGAGUGGCAGCAUCUGGACCCUGCUCAGAGGACCCUGUACAGGGAUGUGAUGCUGGAGAACUACAGCCACCUUGUCUCAGUAGGGUAUUGCAUUCCUAAACCAGAAGUGAUUCUCAAGUUGGAGAAAGGCGAGGAGCCAUGGAUAUUAGAGGAAAAAUUUCCAAGCCAGAGUCAUCUGGAAUUAAUUAAUACCAGUAGAAACUAUUCAAUAAUGAAGUUCAAUGAGUUUAACAAAGGUGGAAAAUGUUUCUGUGAUGAAAAGCAUGAAAUAAUUCAUUCUGAAGAGGAACCUUCUGAAUAUAAUAAAAAUGGGAACAGCUUCUGGCUGAAUGAAGACCUCAUUUGGCAUCAGAAAAUUAAAAAUUGGGAACAAUCUUUUGAAUACAUUGAAUGUGGGAAAGCUUUCCCUGAGAAUUCACUCUUCCUUGUACAUAAGAGAGGUUACACAGGACAGAAAACCUGCAAAUAUACUGAACAUGGGAAAACCUGUGAUAUGUCAUUUUUCAUCACUCAUCAGCAGACACAUCCAAGAGAAAACCACUAUGGUAAUGAAUGUGGAGAAAAUAUCUUUGAGGAAUCCAUUCUCCUUGAACAUCAGAGUGUUUACCCAUUCAGCCAGAAGUUAAAUCUCACUCCAAUUCAGAGAACCCACUCAAUUAACAAUAUUAUUGAAUAUAAUGAGUGUGGAACAUUUUUCAGUGAAAAAUUAGUCCUUCAUUUACAACAGAGAACACAUACAGGAGAAAAACCUUAUGAAUGUCAUGAAUGUGGAAAAACCUUCACCCAGAAGUCAGCCCACACAAGACAUCAGAGAACACACACAGGGGGAAAACACUAUGAAUGUCACAAAUGUGGGAAGACCUUCUAUAAGAAUUCAGACCUCAUUAAACAUCAAAGAAUUCAUACAGGGGAGAGACCUUAUGGAUGUCAUGAAUGUGGGAAAUCCUUCAGUGAAAAGUCAACCCUUACUCAACAUCAAAGAACACACACAGGGGAGAAACCAUAUGAAUGUCAUGAAUGUGGGAAAACCUUCUCAUUUAAGUCAGUCCUUACUGUGCAUCAGAAAACACACACAGGGGAGAAGCCCUAUGAAUGCUAUGCAUGUGGGAAAGCCUUUCUCAGAAAAUCAGACCUCAUUAAACAUCAAAGAAUACACACAGGUGAAAAACCUUAUGAAUGUAAUGAAUGUGGGAAGUCAUUCUCUGAGAAGUCAACCCUUACUAAACAUCUAAGAACUCACACAGGUGAGAAACCUUAUGAAUGUAUUCAGUGUGGAAAAUUUUUCUGCUACUACUCCGGUUUCACAGAACAUCUGAGAAGACACACAGGGGAGAAACCUUUUGGAUGUAAUGAAUGUGGGAAAACCUUCCGUCAGAAGUCGGCCCUAAUUGUUCACCAGAGAACUCAUAUAAGACAGAAACCCUAUGGAUGUAAUCAAUGUGGAAAAUCAUUCUGUGUGAAGUCAAAACUCAUUGCACAUCAUAGAACACACACAGGGGAGAAACCCUAUGAAUGUAAUGUUUGUGGAAAAUCAUUCUAUGUUAAGUCAAAACUAACUGUACAUCAGAGAAUACACUUGGGGAGAAACCCUAUAAAUGUAGUAAACGAGGGAAAUUACUCUGGGUGAAGUCAGAACUUUGUAGAACACAGAACAUAAAGGGUGAGAGAAAUCUGUUAAUAUAAUGAUAAUGAGAACACCUUUGCCCUGAAGUCAGUUCUCACAGUAUAGAAGAGAACUUAAAGAGGGAAAAAAAACAAUAUGAAGAUAGGGAAUGCAGGAAAACAUUAUUCUGGAAUUUGGACCAUACACUAUGUUACAAAACUAAAAGUGGAAAAAACUUAUUGGUGAAUGAAUAUAGGAAACAUUUAGCCCAAUGCCACUCUUCAUUAAACAUCAGAGAAUUCACACGGGUUGAAACCUGGGUCAGCAUCCCUAGGUUGAGAAGGGAUGCAUUUUUCUGCUACUACUACAGUUUCAAAGAAUACCUGAGAAGACACACUUGGAGAAACCUUUUGGGUGUAAUGAAUGUGGGAAAACCUUUCAUCAGAAGUCAGCUCUAAUUGUUCACCACAGAACUCAUGUAAGACAGAAACCCUAUGGAUGUAAUGAAUGUGGAAAAUCAUUCUGUGUGAAGUCAAGAGGCCAGAGAAAAUGCACAAACUGUAGGAAACUAUAGGAAAGCAUUUACUAUGAGGUUAUAUUUUAUGGAGUAUAUGUAAUAAGAAGUAGCUUCUCAGUGAACAUCAGAUAGUAGAGAAAGUAUUUUUAACUGUAUCCAAUGUGUGGAUGUUUUAAGUUAAAAUCUAAAUUUAAUAUAGAACAGAGGUGUUGAAUUGCAGGAUAUUUAGCAAUUUAAGAAAAUGUGGAAAAAAUAUUUUUAUUGAGAAAUAGCAUUUUACUUUGUUAAUAUCUAGUUUAGUUCAUUGUCAAGACUGCUAUUUUCUAAGAGACUUCUAAAGACGCCACUCAAGCCAAUGGCUAUAAGUAGUUCAAAGGUUUAUUGCUUAGCCAUAUGAAAAAUAAGGGAAGAUUUUUUAGCAAGGGGACCCACAAACAAGAGUGCUCUUGUAUGUCCAGAAGAAAGAGAAAGACCCUCAAUCAGGGGCCAUAGUACAGGAGCCCACCAGCAGGAUUUUUGAAUAAUCCUAGGGCAGACUAAAUUCAGACGACCCGUCUCAGAAUGGUGGAUCAAAGCAGCAAGUCAAUUUGCCUUGUAUGCAACUUAUGAGGAUUAGUAGAAGAGAGUGGGUCCAGAUUUCUGGUGGUUUCUGCCCUGCAGAUGUCUAACACAUAAGCUAGGACAUUCUGCUGUGAGUGACUUACUGUACCCAACUCUAUUUCUCUCCAUACUGAAACAUGUCUUUCAUAGGUGAUACAACUUUUUAAAAUGUACAUGUAGAUAUAACUUAAAUAUGGAGCUUUCAAAAAGCACAAAUUGGCUGGGCAUGGUGGCUCACGCCUGUAAUCCCAGUACUUUGGGAGGCUGAGGUGGGCAAAUCACCUGAGGUCAGGAGUUCCAGACCAGCCUGGCCAACAUGAUGAAACCCUGUCUCUACUAAAAAUACAAAAAUUAGCCGGGCAUGGUGGUGCACACUGGUAGUCCUGGCUACUAGACAGGUUGAGGUGGGAGGAUCACUUGAACCUGGGAGGUGGGUGUUUCAGUGAGCUGAGAUCAUGCCACUGCACUCCAGCCUGAGUGACACAGAGAGAUUCAAAAAAAAAAAAAAAAGCAAAAAUAUACUUUGCUAUUGGGUAAGGUAUACUAGUUGGCAGCAGAAUGGACCCAUUGAGGAUAACUAUAAAAUUACAGAAAAUAUUUAAAUGCAACUUAUUGCUAUAGAAGCAAAGAGGACUAAAGGGCAAAAUUCUAGAGAGUGGUAAAUCUCAGAAAGCACAAGCAUAGAAUGCAGCUCUGGGGGCCCUUUCCACUUCUGGCUAUAGGGAAGAACCUGAAUACUGAACUUGAUUCAGGCAGAGGACCAUAACCUGGGGGUCAGGGGAAGGCAUGGGGGGGACCAGGAACCAGGAGAACAAUCAAGACUGCAAUGGAAAAAAUGGAUACAUUAGGGGCUUCAAACACAUAAUUUCUCAAGAAAUUUCCAGAUGUCUCAUGCUGCAUAGGGCAGGAGCCUGAAAAGCUAAUUUGCGAAGAUAGUAAGUAGGAUUUUUGUUUUGUUUUGCAUUUUGCAGUACAAAGGAGAAAUGAUUAGAACUUAGGAAGUGCCAGCGGGUUGGUGAACAUGCCAUCAGUAAAAGCCCUGGAAACAAGGUCAUACUAGAGAUUGGUUGUGCCUUGUCACAACUGCAAACAAUACUGAGUGGAAUAUUCAAAAACUUGCUUAGAAAGAAAACUCUAGGAACAGAUGGCUUCACUGAAGUUAUUCCAGAUAUUUAAGAAAUAAUACCAGGCUUUUAUAAACUUUUCUAGAAGAAAAAAGAUGGAACUUUUCCAAUUCAGUUUUUGAGGCCAGUACAACCUUGAUACCAAAACCUAAAAAAAAAAAAAAAAAAAAAAAAAAAAACCCAUAAAGCUAUAGACCAAAGUCUCAUAGAUUUAGAUGCAAAAUCCUAAAAUUGAAAAAAACAUCUAGCCAUAUCCAUAAACUAUAUCAUCACCAAGAGAUGUUUAUUAGGGCAAUCAAAAGAUUUAUUAUUUUAAAAAAAUCAAUGUGGACUUCCAUUCCUCUUUCUUUUGACUCCCCCCUUUGACUUUUCAUGUAUUCCUUCCCCAGAGUGGAGGAGUUAGACUUGCCUCGUGGGAUGAGAGGAGUUGUGGCUUUGUGUCUGCUGGCACCAAGAGGGCUGAGGGUGAGGUGUGGAAGGGACAGGGGGAGGAGAUGGGCAGCAUUGUUCAGAGAUUGGUAACACUGAGCAAAUAAAUAUGUUGAGAAUGAUGACAGCAAGAUUUCUCCAUUAAAGAAGGUAUUUAUAAAAAUAGGAAUGAGGAGAGCUAGAAAACCUGGAGUGUGGCAUUAGAAUAGAACUCAUAUCUUUUAAAUAUAUAGGAACAAAUAAAGAAAUUGUUGUGUGUGCACAUAUGCAUAUAUUUUGUGUUCAUUCUACUGAGAGGACCUAAACACAAUGACAUCUCAGUAACAGUAAGCCCACCAACUGCCAAGUUAUUAGUUCCUAAAUACUAUCCACAAAAAAGGGGAACAGGGAUGAUUCCUAGUCAGAGAUUGGGAGAAAUACAAGAUAAGCCUGAAUCAUCUCAUGUACCUAACAGUAAGAAAAUACUCUGGCUGGUCUCAGUGGCUCAUGCCUGUAAUUCUAGCAUGUUAGAAGGUCAAGGUGGGUGGGUUGCUUGAGCUCAGGAGUUUGAGACCAGCCUGGGCAACAUGGCACAAUUGUCUCUACAAAAAAUACAAAAAUUAGCCAGGCAUGGUGGCAUGCACCUAUAGUCCGAGGUACUCAGGAGGCAGAGACGUGGGAGGAUCACUUGAGCCUGGGAGAUUGAGGCUGCACUGAGCUGUGAUCGUGCCACUGUACUCUAGCCUGGAAGACAGAGUGAGACCCCGUCUCAGGAAAAAAGAAAAAAAAAGAUGUCAUUCAGCAGGUUAAUGGAUAAACUGUGGAACAUCCAGAAAACUUUAACAUUCUUCAAAGAAAUAGAAAACACAAUCCUAAAAUUUAUAUGGGAACCACAAAAGACUUAGAAUAGUCAGCUAUCCUGAGCAAAAGGAAUCAAACUGGAAGAAUCAUAUUACCUGACUUCCAAUUAUUCAACAGAGCUACAGUAACCAAAACAGCAUGAUACUGGCAUAACAAUAGACACAUAGGAACAGAAUAGACAACCCAGAAACAAAUUCAUACAUCUAUGGUGACCUCACUUUUGACAAAGGAAUGAAGAACAUACAUUGGGGAAAAGAUAAUGUCUUUAAUAAAUGGUGCUGGGAAAACUGGAUAUCCAUAUGCAGAAGAAUGAAACUAGACCCCCAUCUCUUAGCAUAUACAAAAAUCAAAAUUAAUUAAAAAGUUAAAUAUAAGACCUCAAACUAUGAAACAGCUAAAAGAAAACAUCGGGGAAUCUCUCCAGGACAUUGGAGUGGGCAAAGAUUUCUUGUGUAAUACCUGGCAAACAGGCAACCAAAGCAAAAGUGGACAAAUGGGAUCACAUCAAGUUAAAAAUCUUCUGCAUUGCAAAGGAAACAACAAAGUGAAGAGACAACCCAUAGAAUGUGAGAUAAUAUUUGCAAACUAUCCAUCUGUAUUAGGCCAUUUUUGAAGUACUACAAAGAAAUACUUGAGACUGAGUAAUUUAUAAAGAAGAGGUUUAAUUGGCUCACGGUUUUGCAGGCUGUACAGGAAGCAUGGUGCUAACAUCUGAUCAGCUUGUAGGGAGGCAUCAGGAAGUUUCCAACCAUGGUGGAAGGCAAAAGGGGAAUAAGUAUCUCACAUGGCAGGUGCAGGGGCAAAGAGAGGGGGGAAGGGAAGUGCCACACAACCAGAUCUUGUGAGUACUCAGAUUUUGUGAGGGGUGCUUGAGGUCAUGGAUACCCAUUUACCCUGAUGUGUUUAUACACAUUUCAUACCUGUAUUAAAAUAUCUCAUGUACCCCAUAAACAUAUACACCUACUUUGUACCCACAAAAAUUUAAAAAUAAAGUUAAUUUCAAUGUUUAAA